UCUCUAUGCUCUCGCACUCCAGCUUAUUAAUACUCUCCCUGCGCACUCCUCUCUCUUUCCCUUCCGGAAAGCUAAAGAAGAAAGAUGGGCCUUUCUCUUUCUCACCCAGAAAAAAGAAGCCCUUCUUCGUCUGCUUUAUGACUCUCGCUCCUCACCAACGGAGGGCUCAAUGUGAAGCUGCACUUUCUCUCACCAGCUGUCUUCACAUUCUAGGCUAGGUUGUCAGCUUUCCCUGGGUUCUCUUGGCUUUUCAACGUUCUUCUCGUGGGCGUAGUCGAGAAAUCUUAGGAAGUCAAAAUGGAGGCAAUGUGAGCUCUUUACUUCGGGGUUUUUCUUUUUUUGAUAACUAGGAGUUGGGUUUUUCUUUUUGCUUCUUUUUUUUGCCCCAUUUGUGCAAUACACAGGGAUGGAGAGCAUUUCUUGGCUCUUGGUGGUGUUGGUCUCUAUGGGGAUGGUUGUGUGCACUUGGGGCCAGAAUAGUAGCUCGGAAGCAAUCACAGCUGUUUACAUUGUGACCCUUAAACAAGCUCCUGGUGUCCAUGACUAUGGAGUGCUAAAGAAGGAGACGAAUGUGUUCAGGCAUGGAGGUUCGGGGAAAUCCAACAGAAUGGACAAAGCAAGGGACAGGAACACUUCUCGUUCUGGUGGGAGCUCUGGUUCUUAUAUUGCUCGAGUUCAUGAUUCAUUAUUGAGGAGGGCACUCAAGGGAGAGAAAUAUCUGAAAAUUUACAGCUAUCACUACUUAAUAAAUGGAUUUGCGGUGCUUGUCACUCCCCAACAGGCUGACAUACUUUCCCGGAGAAGAGAGGUGGCAAACGUUGUUUUGGAUUUUUCAGUUAGAACAGCAACAACUCAUACUCCACAAUUUCUUGGUCUACCGAAUGGAGCGUGGGCACUACGUGGCGGAUAUGGCUCAGCUGGAGAAGGAGUUGUGAUUAGUUUCAUUGACACUGGCAUUGAUCCGACACACCCAAGCUUUGCCGAUGACGUGUCUGACCGUCCAUAUCCAGUCCCUGCCCAUUACUCGGGGAUUUGUGAGGUCACCCCAGAUUUUCCAUCUGGAUCUUGCAAUAGGAAGCUUGUCGGGGCCCGGCAUUUUGCUGCAUCUGCUAUAACCAGAGGAAUUUUCAAUGCAUCACAGGACUAUGCAUCGCCAUUUGAUGGAGAUGGUCAUGGGACGCACACAGCUUCAGUUGCAGCAGGAAACCAUGGAAUUCCAGUUAUUGUUUCUGGUCAUCACUUUGGGAAUGCAAGUGGAAUGGCUCCUCGUUCACACAUCGCUGUUUACAAGUCGUUGUAUAAGAGCUUUGGAGGCUUUGCUGCUGAUGUCGUUGCUGCAAUUGACCAGGCUGCUCAGGAUGGCGUUGACAUAAUAAGCUUAUCAAUCACUCCUAACAGGCGUCCUCCUGGAAUUGCAACAUUCUUCAAUCCCAUUGACAUGGCUCUGUUGUCAGCAGUAAAAGCUGGCAUUUUUGUUGUGCAAGCUGCUGGAAAUACUGGGCCUGCACCAAAAAGUAUAUCUUCCUUCAGUCCAUGGAUCUUCACUGUUGGCGCUGCUGCUCAUGACCGAGUGUACCAUAACUCCAUACUUCUUGGAAAUAACCAAUCAAUUGCUGGAGUAGGCCUUGCGCCGGGAACCGAUAAAGAUACGAUGUACAGGCUAGUCUCAGCACUCGAUGCUCUGAACAAUGACACUACAAUUUCCAAAGACAUGUAUGUGGGUGAAUGUCAGGACUCCACAAACUUUGAGCCAGACCUUGUCCAAGGGAACCUUUUGAUAUGCAGCUACUCGAUCCGGUUUGUGCUUGGACUCUCCACCAUCAAACAGGCCUUAGAAACAGCCAACAACCUCAGUGCAGCUGGUAUCGUGUUUUACAUGGAUCCUUUUGUGAUUGGGUUUCAGCUUAAUCCAACUCCAAUGAAGAUCCCUGGCAUCAUCAUUCCAUCACCAGAUGAUUCCAAGAUACUGCUUCAAUACUACAAUUCUUCUGUGGAGAGGGAUGGACAGACAAAAAAGGUUGUUACAUUUGGAGCCACUGCUAGCAUCUUGGGCGGGCUGAAAGCCAAUUACAGCUUUUCUGCUCCAAAAGUCAUGUACUACUCAGCCAGAGGAGCUGAUCCAGAAGACAGUUCUCUCACUGACGCAGAUAUAUUGAAACCGAACUUGGUUGCCCCUGGUAAUUUCAUAUGGGCUGCUUGGAGCUCCGUUGGCACUGAUUCUAUGGAAUUCGAAGGUGAGAACUUUGCGAUGAUGUCUGGGACAAGCAUGGCCGCUCCUCAUAUUGCUGGGCUUGCGGCUCUGAUUAAGCAAAAUUUCCCAAGUUUUAGUCCUUCUGCCAUCGCAUCUGCACUUUCUACGACGGCUUCUUUAUAUGUCAAGUCCGGGGGACCAAUAAUGGCUCAGCGUGCUUAUGCCAACCCAGAUCAAAAUCAGUCCCCAGCAACACCUUUUGACAUGGGCAGCGGUUUUGUGAAUGCAACAGCUGCUUUGAAUCCGGGACUCAUUCUUGACUCCAGUUAUGAUGAUUACAUGUCAUUUCUGUGUGGCAUCAACGGUUCGGCUCCGAUUGUUUGGAACUACACUGGCCAAAGUUGUUGGGCUUACAACAACACUGUUAGUGGCACCGACCUGAACUUGCCCUCUAUCACAAUCGCGACGCUCAACGGCUCUAGGACGGUUCAACGGACAGUCAUCAAUAUUGCGGGAAACGAGACUUACAGUGUCGGUUGGAACGCCCCUUAUGGGGUCUCCAUGAAGGUGGCUCCAACUCGCUUCGCCAUCACCAACGGCCAGAAACAGGUACUGAGUGUCUUCUUCAACGCAACGAUCAAUAGUUCCUCGGCGAGCUUCGGGAGAAUCGCACUGUUUGGAACUCAAGACCACGUCGCAAACAUACCAUUGUCAGUCAUUGUAAAGAUCUCUUAUAACUCCACUAACACUUGAGCGUAGAGUUGAUUUUUUUUUUUUCCUUUCGUCUAUUUUAUCUGUACCUUUUGCACUUUCGGGUUUUGAUUUUUUGCUCCUCCGAUUUGUUCUGCAUGGAGAUUUGUAUGUGGCAAGAUCUGUAAUGUAAGUCGAAUGUUUGUUCAUAGUCAUGUAAAUGUUCAGUAGAUCAUGUAACGGUGUUCAACUGCCUCACUUCAA